AUGGCGACGUCCAUGAUCCAAAUUGACAAUAUUUUUCACCAAGCAAAAAAUGCAACUCAGGAAGAAAUUGAUGGUAUUUGUUCAGGAAUUCUUGAUAGUCUCUAUGUCCCGGAGCAGUCUGGGGAAAGUUUGAAUCUAUUAAGACAACUCUUCCUUAUCCUGCAUGUUUCACAAACAGAGCCAUGCUUACCCAAGAAGUUCAUUGCUACAAUGGUGAACAUGGUGAGUUCCAUGGACAGAGAAAAAACCAAGGAAUGUUUGUUGUGCGAACAAAUGAUGACGGAACUGUUACCGCGGAACAGGGAGGAGUUAGGGCCAGAUUUCUACACAGAGGAUGAGCGUGUGGACCCAAAGUCUGUUGCCAACUCAUUUACACUUUACCGAAUCCAGGGAAACAAAAACAAAUGCAUUGAAAAACUGAUUCCACAAGCUGUAAGGUGGAUGAGCAGCGAGAACGUGGACCCAGUCGUACAGAGACAGGCUUUCUCCUUCCUGGUGGCCAUGUCUCUCCAGCAUCGUCUUCUCCUAGCAGAUGGCAGUAUAAAACAGUGCAGUAGGAGUGUGUCAGAUUGGAUGAUGUCCGCCAGUCUACAACAGGCCCCGAACCCUUACACCAGGAAAAUCUUCAAGAAGGAGCAGAACAGUGUUGUGACAGAGGUGGACGGCACACCAAGCCGUAACUUCUUCACAGUUCUCAAUAUCGGUCAGUAUUACACAGAUGACCAGUUCCUGAACAUUUACAGUUUCUCCAUGCUCUAUAAAUGGUUACAUCACUGUUUUACUGUGGAGGCCUCAACAUCAGCUGGAGAGAAGGACCGUUCGGACACAAACUCCGCCUCCUCACCUGUCCACCGUGUUUUUGAUAUCUUGGUCAACAAGUCCAUUGAUUAUUGCUUCAGAAUCCUUGACCAGUGUGACAGAAAACCUAAGAUACCAUCCGACCAAGAUUUACAGAAUGCAUGUCUCCUUGAGACUGUGAAUGUCCUUGACCUUGUGUGUAAGAUUGACACUGGCCAGAUAUCCAAGGUUUUCCAGGAGAUUCGACGACUGUACAACAGACUGUCCCAGGACUGGAGCAAGUCUCGCCUACUCCUGCCAAUUCUACAGUUCUACAUGAACCACAGUAAGGCUGUGUUACAUGACCCUCAGGAGGCCUACAAACUGGUAUUCCACAUGGUGCUGGCUCGCAGCUUUAUGGAUAACGCUUUGAUGUUUGACCUGGUCAUGUUCCUCCGGCAGAACCUGGAAGCUUUAUGUCACGACACAAAAAUCCUCACCACUUACUUCCCUAACAUCUUCAAGAUACUGGCCUGGAACCCACGGACAUACUUGAGUGAAUUUGAGGAGCUGUUACCAGCUCUGAUGUCACCAUCUACAGCACUGGAGAUUUUACAUGUCCUGCUUGACCUUCCGUGUAUGACAAUCGCCCUGGAGAUAACGGAGCGAUUGGGUGGGAAGGGGGAAGCCCUGACCCAGUCCGACACAGACCCCAUCACCUCUGUAGACGCCUUCCAUCAUCUGUUCUACAGACCCAUGUUUAACUUCUUCACACGAGUUGAGGGCGGCCAUGGAGAUACCAUAAACAGACUGGCUAGCUUCCACAACGCUGUGAAGGAUAUGAGUCAACAUCCCCGUGUGAUCGUGUGCUCCCAGACGGUGCCGGUCCUUCUACGGGUGUGGUUUGAGGUGGUGCUCGAGGAAGGGACAACAGACUUGGCUGCACACUUGCUUCCAGUCCUACUUGAGCGGUCAGCACUGCUAUACGAUAUGCCAGACUUUAAAAUAGAUGUGAAAAGAAUAUUGUCUGAGAAUAUUGUUCGGUUGUUCAAAAAGUUCCCUCAAAUCCUAAUCGAGGAGCAGACGGAGAUACAGGACUUUAUCACGAGUGUGUCCAAUAUCACUGGUCGCGAGGAAUUCUUUGCGAACAUGGUAUGGGCUGUAGGAGAAUACUGUUCCUCAACUCACGACGACAGGUGUAACUCUGAUGUCAUCAAAAGAUUCUUCGACACACUAGAGCCGCUGACGUAUGAAAUGUCCGCCAUGGUUUCCAUGGGGAGGGUGACCUGUGCUGAAGGUCAUGCCAAGAUCAUUUCGAUCCUGAUGUCAUCUAUCGCUAAGUUGUCAUCACGAUGUCAGGACCUCAUUCCGAGAGCAGUUUUAUGUCUCAGUAAGGUCAGCCAACAGCAACAGCAGUGUGGGGCCCAGGACCCAGAAAUACAGGACGCGUUGGUCAGUCGCUCACAACACCUGGUCAACCUUCUUCAAGUUCCAAAUUUCGCUGCCGUUAUUUUGAAUCCUAGUCCAGGAAUACACACUGGCAGGUGGCAUCGAGACAGUACAGGUCUACCAGCCAUGCUUAGAGGUGUACAUAGGAUCGUAGUAUCGGACUCUUAGUGACUAUUGAACGUUUUUUCUCUGUUUAUGAGAUCAUAUUCGUACUGUGCCAAUAUUUAUCGUUAUUGAUGAUGUAUUUAUUCCUGUUAUUAAAAUGCUGAUUUAAUAUUUUC